AUGUUCUCCGCUAAGACCACCACACUCGUUCUUGCUUACCUUUCUUGGGCUGCUUUGUCCGCACCUGUUCGCCGAGAAGUACCCCAAGAACACUCUCAUGAACCGUUCUUGGUUUCUGUCCGCAGCAGCUUGAACCUCAACAAUCCGGACGGAAUCGUCGAUCCCGUCUUCGGUCUGUUGGGUAAUGCAGCAGCAGCUAAUGGCGCUGGUCGUAUUGCCGAUGCGACUUGCCUGCAGCAAGCUACCGCUGACCAGGCGUUCACCAACGCUAAAGCAGCCGGCGAUAUCCAGGGCCAGGUUGACGCACUGAUCUUCCGCGCACUGGAGCGUAACUCCGGAUCAGUUGGAGCCGUGACUGCGCCCUGUACGUCCAUUACGGCCGUAAACCCCGAAAUCGCUGCCAUCUCGCAACAUCAGGAUCCUGCAUCCCCGAACGCUGCUGCGGUGAACAAGGCGAUCACGUUGGAACUUGCUAAGCAGAUCGCUAGCGUCGGUGGAGAUCCUCUGGAUGCGUUGAAGGCUGGGACGUUUGCUCCUGGCCAGCUGAACGAUCCCACCGCCCGUGGAAACAGUUGUAACGACGCCAACGACGCCAACGGCUGCAUCUUCACACUUAACUUGCUUGUUCCUGAUGCAACACCUGAGGAGAUCCAAGCUGCUGUUGCUGGCGUUGCUGCUCCCGAUGCAGGUGCCGGUGCUGGGGGUGACGCCGUCGAGACCGCAACGGCUGGCGUGGAUUGCCCGGCUGCAGCGACCGCUACUGUCACUGUGACAGUGAAUGUUGACGCACCCGCUCCCACAGCUGCACCUGUCAAUGCAGGGACUGGCGCUGGAGCGAAUACUGGUUCAGGAGCUAAUACCGGAGCUGCUGCUAACCUUCAGAAGUUCGCUGGUGCUCUUGGUGGACAGGCCGCCCCCGCAGUGACUGCAGGCGGAAGGGGUUUCGUCGUUGAGGGAUCUAAUGACUUCCUCAACGUAGGAGCGGCUCUCAACCGCUCAUGCGAUAUCCAACACAACAAAUGCGCAAAUUUCGCCAACUCUGCCGCAGGUCGCGCCGCUGGCAUCUCUGUCGGACAAUGCGACCAGCAAAAUGGCCAAUGCAAAUCCGCAAACUAA